AUGCCUUCACAAAAGCAUUUGUCAACACAACUGAUGAUCAAAGGCGACACUCAAGCCGUGUAUGUGUUAGCCCUGGCCUUCGAGCUCUUACCCCAAAACCUGAGACCACUUGCGGUCAACCAUUUGGUCGACAAUAUUAAGGCUCACGACUACCACUACACCACUGGAUUCAUCAGUAUUAAUUACAUAAAUGAGGUACUGGUGAGGUAUGGGCACCGGGAUGUUGCCUAUAGGUGCGUAUUACAGGAGUCAUUCCCCUCGUGGGGCUACGAGAUAGCACACAAUGCAACGGCAAUGUGGGAGCACUGGGACUCUUGGACAGAGGACAAGGGGUUUAUGGACCCCUCCAUGAAUUCAUUCAAUCACUUCAGUCUGGGAUCAGUCGGUCGAUGGCUUUACCAAUACGUGGGAGGCAUCGACACCGAUGACCAAAUGGUUGGCUUUAAACGCAUCAAAAUACAGCCCAACCCCGGGAAUGGUGUCUCGUUUGUGAAGUCCACUUAUAAGUCAAUCAAUGGGUUGAUUGAGAACUCGUGGCAAACAAUCGGCAAUCAAUUCGUGUUGAAUACAACAAUUCCGGUCAAUACGAGAGCCAGUGUUGACCUAACAUUUGCUAAGAAUGGGAAAGUCUAUGAAGUAGGAUCCGGGACAUAUACGUUUCAAGUCACUAUUGAUUAA